AUGUGGAGGAUCUGGAGAUUUACCAUUUCACCGUACCUACACCCACGUAGGGUCAAAGAACUACCCUAUUGGAUACCAUAUGCCGCCUCGUACGCUCUAUCUAUCUUAGAGACGCUCGCCCUAACCUGUAACAGCCGCAUCAGAAAUGGAAGCCAAGAACCAUUCGCCGUCAGUGUAUUAGGCACUAAGCUGUAUUUCCUCACGAACCCCGCCGAUGUCUCCGAAUCCUUCCGAAACGUCACUACUCUUUCAUGGGAAAAGUAUCUCGAUGUGUUGCUGGUUUCCUUUGGCGUGAAGAAGAAUGCCAUGCCCCUAUUGCACAAAGACAACCAAAGCCUUGAUCGACUUUUCAGCACAGUAACGAACACGAACAAUCGUGCCCGGAAGAGAAAGCUCCUCGACUUUGCGGAUCUUGCGUAUCGACGACAGUUAGCUGUUGACAAAGUCGACGAACUUUCCAGCGUCUUUUUCCGUACGCUUCAUGAAACCGCAUCAUGGCCACAGCUCGCUUACAAGACCACAUAUGGAAGCCAUAGCCGCCUCACAGUUCGAGACCUCCUCGACCGCACUCUUGCUCGCGGAAUUGCUAAAAUGUUCUUUGGAGAGGUGAUAUUCGACCUGGAGCCGGAGAUGGCUAGGCAUACGCUGGGCUUCGCUGACGGACUUUGGUGUCUGAUCUACCGAUAUCCCAGGUUCCUUGCAAAGGACUUCUAUAAUUCGUAUGAACGCAUUUUAAAUGCGAUAGAGCAUUUUACUGCGUUAGAUCCGGCCGAGACUUCACAGGCAUCGUUCUUGAUUCGCAACAUGAUCGAAGCUCAGAAACUGGCCGGUUUGGAUGCACGCUCGGCCGCGGCGCUGACAAGCGUCCUGUAUGAGGCUGCAUUCGCCAAUGUCCAUGCCACCGCCUUUUGGCUCCUAUCUUACAUCCUCUUCGACAACAAUCUCCGCUCCGCACUCUGCGCAGAGAUACUUCCCGCCUUCAAAGAUGGCCAGUUUGACACAACCUACAUCGUUCAGAACUGCCCACUCCUCGAAUCCUGCUUUCGUGAAGUCUGCCGUCUUCACAUUGUCUCUUACUCAGUCCGCCUAAUCGAAGCUCAAACCAAAUUCGGCGACAAGGUUCUCGAACCCGGAAACAUGCUGCUGGUGCCAUUUGGCCAACUGCACCACGACGAAAAUGUGUGGGGAUCCGACCACGCCAAGUUCAGCCCGACAAGAUUUUUGCACUCAAAAGGCAACAGUCUGGCAAGUAAUCAGUCGUAUCGGCCUUUCGGUGGUGGCGCGAAUCUCUGCCCCGGGAAGGCGUUUGCAAAUCGCCAGGUUCUCUCCUUUACUGCAUACAUAUUGUACUCAUAUGAAGUUUCGGUACCGUUGGUAGAUGGGAAAGCCCAGAGGAUGCCGCUUAUUCAGGACAACAUACCCACAUUCGGGACGUCGGUGCCUCAACCGGGGAUGGAUCCGUUGAUUGAUCUUACGCCGAGGAUAAUUGAGCCGAUCCAGUCCAUCAAGUCCUGGUCUUGAUCUUUUUCAUAUGGCUUUUAUUGUUAGCCUUGUUACAAGGGGAGGGAGAGAAGUUGGUGGGACGGUCUCUACUUUUGAAGGUUAGUGAGGAUAGAUAGGAUGGAGUGAGACCUAUCUAUAGAUAUCGAAACAAUUUUGUACCACUUCUUGAAAUCCAGCUACUUAGAAACUACGUCCAAUCCCUAAAG